CACGAACACAAACAAAAACCAGCAGCUGCAGAAGUGUGCCAGCCAGCGCAUGAUCGAUCAACCAACCCGCACGGAACGAACACCGCACACUCAGGCGUGAGCGGCUCGACUGCUCAAAAACCCACACUCCACAGUAAGCACACAGCAACAGCAAGCACACAGCGAAGACACACGCACGCGCGUCCAUUUUCCCACACAACACCCCCCCCCACACACACACACACACCAUCAUGGCGGACGAAGAGCCAGCCUCCUUGUCGUCCUCGGCGUCCACGGCCACGGCCAACACCACCACGUCCAGCAACAGCAGCGGCAGCGAUGAAGCGCAUGCAAGUGCACCACCAGCACACGCCCUCGAUCCUGUGAUGGACGUGGAUGAUCACGGGGAGAACGACGACGACGACGUCGAUGUCGAUGAUGUUGACGACGAUGAGCCACAGCAAGAUGCAGGUGACAACACACCAAGUGGUCGCGGUGCUUCGCCCAAGGACGACGACGAUGAUCUCCUGGACAUUGACGACGACCCCAACGACAACGCCGUCAUUCAUGAAAGCGACGCGGAUGACGGGUUUGUGGAGGUGCGCCACGGGGGCGACAGAACAGGCCAGCGGCGCGGCGGCUCAUCGCAGUCCCCGUCCCCUGUUGAUGCAUCGCCACGCGCCGUGUCACCCGAGACUGCACCCGGCCACACCCAGCUCUCCACGUCGGAGGCGGUGAAGCGUGUGUCGGGCGCUGCCGUCAAAUACGUCACAUCCUGGCAGGAGUUUGUGGUGGAUGUGGUGUCCGAGAUGAAGAAUCCAACGCGCCCCAUCACACAGGAGGUUGAGGACGAUGGCGCUGCUCUGAACCGGCAUCUGCUGGUGCGCAACUUCAAGCGCCUCAAACGUGCACUCCAACCCGCCAUCGACGGCCACCACGCUGUCCUGCGCAUCAUGCACUGGGAGAACCCCUACCAGAGUGCAGCGGCGCUCACCGUGUACUCCGUCUGCGCCUACUACAACAUGCUGCUGCCUGUCAUGCUUGCUGGCCUGCUGAGCUUCCUUGGCGUGCACUAUCUCCGCCACCAGCGGCAGCCGCACCGCACUCCUGCCGUUGAGAACGACGACGAUGACAGGUCCCUGAUCGAAAAGGCCCGCGCAGUCAAGGAGAUUAUGCGACGUGUGCAGAAUGGGGUGGGCAAGGCCGCCGACCACAUUGAGAAGAUCCACAAUCUCUUGCUGUGGCGCGCACCCGAGCAGUCCUUGAAGCUCUUCAUUGGCGUCCUGGCCGCGUUUCUCCUCACCUUCUUCACCCCACAGUGGUUCUGGCUCACCCUCCUCAAGAUUGUGAUUGGCGUGCGCUUCCUGGUGCAGCCUGGCCUCUACCACAACUACCCGCGCCUGCGCGAGAAGUACGACUCCAACAAGUUCAUUGACAAGCUGCCCACCAACGUCCAGGCAGAGCGCCGAGCUCGCACCGCCGCCGCCGCCGCCGCUUCUGCUGCUGCUGCCAGUGACCGCGACCGUAUUGGUGAUGGCGAUGGGGGUGGUCAGGGGUCGUCUGGCCGCUCGUUUUCGCCGCGCCGCCCUCGCUUCCGUGGACGUCCACAGCACACCGCAUCACCGAGCCCACUUCGAGACGGCAGCAGCAGCAGCGGCGGCGGUGGUGCCAAUGGCAACAGCGCUGGUGCUGCUCGUGGGUCAUCACAGCACGACGAUGAAGGGCGCACUCGGAGUGAAAGCCUGCGGAAAACGCAGGAGCGCUCGGAAGGCGAUGUCCUGUGCGAUUUGGGCGUCCCGCUCUCGGAGCAAAUCAUCGAGACGAACCAGUGCUUCUACAUGCCGGACCGCCGGCUCACGAAUCUCCGCCGUGGUCGCCUCUGGGUCACAGACACAUUCUUCUGCUUCAUGCCAAACAGCAAGGAUGACAGCAAGUUCUGCUUCCACCUGAGCCGUCUGAUGAAGCUUGAGCGGACAGGAAAGGUUCUUGGCAGCCGCGGCUUGAUGGUUCAACUCACGUUCAAGGAGGUCACGGGCGCACCUGUUGUGAAGACGCUGAGUGGCAUCCUGAAUCCAACUGCUCUCAUCAAUGCAAUCUCAAAACAGCAGCGGCUUGUUGCUGAGCGCACACAGGGCACCGCGCUCGCGCCAUCUUGAAUGCAGGGUGAUUGUUGGUGGUUCGUGGCUGUUCCGUGGUUGUUCGUGGUGCUGUGUUGCCGGUUGUUCGUGAUUGCUUGUGGCUGUUCUUCGUGGUUGUUCGGUAGUUGUUCGUGGCUGUUCCGUGAUUGUUCGUGGUUUGUCGUCGUGGUGUGGUUGCUGGUUGUUACUGUGUGUUGCUGGAUGGCAGUGCUUCGGAUGUAUGAACAUAUGGACGAAGAAAGAAAGGGAAUGGGGAUGUUUGAGGAGAGGAGGAAGGGUGUGUGACUGCAUAUUGUUGCUGCCACCAGUUGUGUCACUGUCGCGUUGUUUGUAGUUUGUCGUUCGUUGUUGUUCCAUGACAACCGCUCUUUUGUUUGCGUGCAUCUUGCGUGCUCGUUUCACCCCCUCCGUGCUCCCUCUCUGCUCAGCGCAAAGACCAUAAACGACAAGUUAUCGACCA